AGUGUCAUGUGUUGUUGCUCAAUUCCACCACUUACUAGGCUGCUUGGGUAUAAUCCUAUCUGACUGAUCUAAUUUCUAGUUGUAUGCCAAACCGCAUGUGAAGGUAGGAACUACAACUGCAGUCUAACACCGCUGCAGCUCACAUUUAUCUGACAGCUACUGAGCUGUGUCUUGUGGGCCACGACAGCAGUUCUGUCGCUCGUUGGUCUGCGGAACUACUUGACCGUUUCUCACCAUAAACCCACUCCCUUAAUUCUGGAAGCAGCCCCUCUCAAUACUUACCUCUUUCAUCGAGUGUGUUUCCGGGGCAAUCUUGGACAAGCGGAAUCGAGCGGGUCAUGGCCUUCCUUAGGAGCGCAGUUUGGCGAGUGUUCUCAGCAGUGAGGCCUCCUCUUUCUCCGCUGUGCCGGACAAGCACUCGGUCCUACAGCUCGGAGCCCACCAAGGAAAAGAGUGUUCCCUACGAGAAGACACUCAAACAGGAGGAUGGAGCCUCCUCAGGACCCACUAAGCCAUUACCCAGGUCAGCUGAUGCGGUGGUGAUUGGAGGAGGAAGCCUGGGCUGUCAGACCAUUUACCACUUGGCCAAAAUGGGAAUGACUAAUGUAGUUCUACUGGAGAGAGACAGACUGACUGCUGGCACCACCUGGCAUACUGCAGGCCUCCUGUGGCAGCUGCGACCCAGUGAUGUUGAGGUAGAGCUCCUGGCCCACACCAGGAAUGUGAUUAGCAAAGACCUAGAGGAGGAGACGGGUCUCCAUACAGGCUGGAUCCAGAACGGAGGGCUCUUCAUUGCUUCCAACAAGCAAAGACUUGACGAGUACAAGCGCCUCAUGUCGCUGGGCAAAGUUUAUGGUAUUGAGUCCCAUGUCCUUUCACCGGCUGAGACGAAGGACCUGUAUCCUCUGAUGAAUGUCGAUGAUCUUUAUGGAACACUGUAUGUUCCAAAAGACGGCACCAUGGACCCUGCAGGUACCUGCACAACCUUGACCAGGGCAGCCACUGCCCGAGGAGCCACGGUGAUCGAAAACUGUCCUGUAACUGGCAUUCAAGUGCGAACUGAUGAUAUUGGUGUGAAGAGGGUAAAGGCAGUGGAGACACAACACGGAACCAUUGAGACACCUUGUGUGGUGAACUGUGCAGGUGUGUGGGCCACCAAGCUGGGAGAAAUGGCCGGAGUCAAGGUUCCUCUCAUUGCUAUGCAUCAUGCCUAUGUGGUAACAGAGAGAAUCGAGGGCAUACAGAACAUGCCAAAUGUCAGGGACCAUGAUGCGUCAGUGUACCUGCGCCUUCAAGGUGACGCUCUGUCUGUGGGCGGUUAUGAAAGAAACCCCAUCUUCUGGGAUGAGGUGUCUGAUAAGUUCGCCUUCAGCCUGUUCGAUCUGGACUGGGAUGUCUUUAUGCAACAUAUUGAGGGUGCAGUCAACAGAGUUCCUGCUCUGGAACAGACUGGCAUUAAGUCCACUGUCUGUGGACCAGAGUCAUUCACAGCAGACCAUAAGCCUCUGAUGGGAGAAACACCAGAGGUCAGAGGUUUCUUCCUGGGCUGUGGCUUCAACAGUGCUGGUAUGAUGCUGGGAGGUGGUUGUGGUAGAGAGCUGGCUCACUGGAUCAUACAUGGCCGCCCUGAAAAGGACAUGUACGGCUAUGACAUCAGGCGCUUUCAUCACUCGCUGACAGACAACAAACGGUGGAUCAGAGAGAGGAGUCACGAGUCGUAUGCUAAGAACUACUCUUUAGUGUUCCCCUUUGAUGAGCCGCUGGCCAGCCGAAACAUGAGGAAGGAUCCUUUCCACCAGGUGCUCACAGAGCAGGGCUGCAUGUUCCAAGAGCGGCAUGGCUGGGAGAGACCUGGCUGGUUCAACAAAGAAGGACCUGCUCCUGUUAAAGACUAUGAUUAUUACGGAGCUUACGAUGUGAAGAGGAAUGAAAAGUACAAAUACGAUGAACUGCUAGGUCAAGAGUACACCUUUGACUUCCCUCCACAUCAUGACGUGAUUAAGAACGAGUGCCUCUCAUGUAGACACAGUGUGGCUGUGUUUGACAUGUCCUACUUUGGAAAGUUCUAUCUCACUGGACCCGAUGCCAAGAAGGCAGCUGAUUGGCUGUUCACUGCUGAUGUCAACAAGAAGCCAGGUACCACUGUGUAUACCUGCAUGCUGAAUAAAAGAGGAAGGUCAGAGGCCGACCUGACUGUGAGCAGACUGGAGCCUGGUGUGGCCAACCUGCCCCUGGCACCAGAAUCCAGCGGUGAUGCAUAUUACCUGGCCAUUGGAGGCGGUGUGGCAGAACACAACUGGAACCACAUUAAAACAGUUCUUCAGGAUCAAGGCUUUCGCUGCCAGUUGACGGACCACUCUGAGGACAUGGGGAUGAUCAGCAUCCAGGGGCCCAAAAGCCGGGAGGUAUUACAGGAGGUUUUAGACACAGACCUGAGCAACGAAGCUUUCCCCUUCUCCUCACACAAAGUUGUUAUUGCAGCAGGACAUCAGGUGCGAGCUAUGCGCCUGUCAUUUGUCGGAGAGCUCGGCUGGGAGCUGCAUAUUCCCAAAGAUUCCUGCCUUCCAGUCUACCGUGCUGUCAUGGCUGCUGGUGCAAAGCACGGCAUCAUCAACUCAGGCUACAGAGCCAUCGACUCGCUCAGCAUAGAGAAAGGGUACAGGCAUUGGCACGCCGACCUGCGCCCUGAUGACACACCACUGGAGGCGGGGCUAGCCUUCACCUGCAAGCUGAAGAGUUCAGUCCCUUUCCAGGGUCGUGAUAUGUUAGAGAAACAGAAGAAGGAGGGACUGAAGAGGCGCAUCGUCUGCUUCACCACUGAUGAGAAAGUCCCGAUGUUUGGUCUGGAGGCUAUUUACCGCAAUGGUGUUCCUGUUGGUCACCUCCGACGUGCCGACUAUGGCUUUUAUAUCGACAAAACUAUUGGUUAUGGAUACAUCCGCAAUCCAGAUGGAGGAGUGGUUAGCGCUAACUUCAUAAAGAGUGGUGAGUUUACCCUGGAGAGGAUGGGAGUAGUAUACAAGGCCAAAGCACACCUCAAAUCUCCUUUUGACCCUGAGAAUAAGCGUGUCAAGGGCAUCUAUGAUUGAGAUCAGACCACACAUGUAAAAACUGACGGAAAAAACACCAGCUACAGAACGGCACCAGAGGUGGAGGGAUUUACAACCUUUUGUACGAGCAGCUGUUUUUGUCUUCUGUCAAAUACAAGUUCAUCUCAAAUGUUGUUAAUUUUGUUCUGAUUUGAUGGGACUCAUGUGCAUAUGAUCGAUUUUAUGCUCAUUUGUAAAAUGUUGCAUGUUGAAAGCUGGUGAAAAAUGUGCAUCAGUAAAAAUCAGAUAUGACUGGAUUGUUAA